GGGUCGUGCACGUCAUCGACAAGGUCCUUGUCAACCCGCCGCCACCGGCGCCUCCCUUAGCGGCAUCGAGUACAUUAACAUCGUUGUCGACGAAUUCUGGCGACAAUGGGUUGUCCACUACCGAAUCUGCUUCCACCAGUACCGGGCUUCCAGUGUCAGGCGCUACUCAACAUUCCUCGAUGACCCCUGGCUCUAUCGUCGGAAUCGUAGCCAUCGCCGUGGUCCUCCUCCUCCUUCCCGCCGUAGCCUUGUAUGUCAUGCUAUCGAGGCGCCGUAAACGGCUGCGUCAGGAAGAAGACGGAUACCGCUCGGAUCCUGCUUUUCGGCCCACGCCGUUCUACGCGCAAGCUCCGUCAGCGGAUGCCACCAGCGGCGCGACGCCUGGCAGCAGCACUGGGAACUCGCCAUGGUCGCACCAAUCGGGGUCUUCAGUCGCACCGCCCCCUGAGGCGAAAGUGGCGUCUGAGAAGGUCGACGGCCAGUUCGACGCCCGCCACAUGCGCGAGCGGUCUGGUGCCACGGACGCCGCUGGUCCCUCGAAUGUUGUCCUACCUUCCGACAUGGUCGACCGCAUUGUGCAGCAGCUCGCACGGCGCAUCGACCGCAGGCCGGCAUCAUCGCGUACUAGGCCCCCUAGCGAACGGAGCAUGCCGCCUUCGUACUCGUCGCCCCUGCACUCGUCGCUUGGUCAUGGCCGGCAAUGAUUGCCCACUUGGAAUCGUUCACACUCGGACUUUGUUCUUGCUUUGCUCACGACGCUCAUGCGCGAUACCCUAGACUGUCCUUGAACAUUAGAUGAACCCUAUGCCCUCACUCGUUUUCAUAUUACGUGGAUCCGCUGUACAUAAUCGUUAUGCUCUCUGCUGUCACAUCUGUCGUUCGUUGUCAUAGUACAUGUAGUCAUAGUGGUAGCCAUACCCGGAGAACAAUGCAUUCUCGCUGCGCC